UCGUUUUCCGGUCCGCCGGAUUAUGAAUGACGGGUGGCGCGGGUAUUUUCCAGGUGUCUUGCCUGUUGUUUUCCUGUCCUGGUUUCUCUGGAAUCGCGGCGCGCCGUGGCUCGCCGAAGUAGCAUCGGAAUCCCUGCUCGGGCCGGGCGGGAAGGCGCAGACGGCAGGUGUCGCCGAUAAGCUCGCGCACCCUCCCUGCCUGGCCGCGCCUCUGCGACCAGGUGGCCCAAUGAGUGAAGAAAAUGAAAGGCAUUAAGAAAAGUCUUACAGAAGAAUAUCUAUACCUGAACUUUUCUCACCAAACAGAAGGAUGCAUCUUUCCUCUUCAUACAGCUGUAACUUUAUUCUUGUUAUCAUAUUGUGACUGCAAAAUCUUUAAAGUUUGCUUGGUCCUCACUGAAGAAAACACAGAUAUUGCACUACUUAGAGAUGUGUUGUCCCAGGAUGUUGAAAUACAGGUUAUCCCAAAGCAGGAGCUCCCACCAAUAGUCCAGAAUUGCUGUUUACCUGCGGUGGUAGAACGACCAGACAGUUUUUGUAGAGCAGGACUUGCUGUCGUACUAAGACACAUAAUCCAGAAAUCAUAUGAAGCAGACCCUUCAAAGAAGGAAAUUUUGGAACUUCUGGGUUUUAAAAAGACUUGUUUGAAAGCCUGCGCUGAAGUUAGUCAGUGGACCAGGCUAUGUGAACUCACCAUCCCAUUGGCUAUUGAAAAUUUUCUUAGAGAGUCUUCUGACCAGCUCCCAACUAUACCUACAGAAGUACUACAGCUGGAGAAAAAGCUUAGUGAACCUGUUAGAGUGCACAAUGAUGACAAACUCCGUAGGCAGAAGCUGAAGCAACAGAGGGCUGCUGCAGUUAAGCCUACCCUUGCUAAGGGAAAAGCAAAGAGCAAGGUCCAUGCGCUGGAAACAUCUGAAGAGUUGGAUUCUUCAUCCAAGAGUUUGGAACUGCAAAUGGCAUUCUCAAAGCUCAGAGUGCAGGAGGAACCAGCUACAACCAACAGGGAGCCUUCUCAUAUCAGGAAAGCAAAACCCUCUGACCUUCCACCUCUGGAGCAUGUAUUUGCAGAAGGGCUUUACUUCACUUUGGCAGAUAUUGUGCUCAUGCCCUGUAUCCAUCAUUUUUUGGCAAUUAUCUGCAAGAAAUUUUCUGAGAAGCUGAUAGAAUUUCCACUACUAACUGCUUGGUACCAGAGGAUUCAGGAAGUGCCAAGAGUAAAAACAGCAGCUUCUAAGUGUGGGAUACAGUUUCUACAUUUUCCAAAGUUGUUGACUACUUCAAGUGAACAACAUCUGAAUUUAAGUGAGGUCCCAGGUGUGGAGGAGCAAAAUGAUCCUUUAUUUAUAGGAGGACCAAGACCAACUAUGACCAAAUUAAUGGAAAAAGGCAUUGAAGUGAUGUUUUCUCCCCACCCUUGCCCUACUUGGACCCUUGACUGGAAUGGUCUUCCUGCAGCAGUGAGUCCAAAGGAAGGUAAAAUGUCCAGUGAUCGAGCUUUGAGGAAACAGCAACAGUUAAACAACCUUGUUUACGUGGUGAUAAAUCAGGCCAAACCUGGUGACAGAAUUGUGGAUUUCUGCAGUGGUGGGGGCCAUGUUGGAAUUGUUCUUGCUCACAUGCUGCCAUUAUGCCAGGUUAUAUUAAUAGAAAACAAGGAAUUAUCAUUAAUUCGUGCUAAGAAGAGAAGUGAUGAACUAGGUUUAAGCAACAUUUGGUUCAUUCAAGCAAACAUGGAGUAUUUUACAGGAAUGUUUAAUAUUGGGGUGGCGUUGCAUGCUUGUGGAGUGGCAACAGACAUGGUGAUUGAGCACUGCAUCAAAACACGGGCUUCCUUUGUCACAUGCCCUUGCUGUUAUGGUUUCAUUCAGAACACCUCAAAGUUUAAUUUUCCAAAAAGUGAACAGUUCAAGAAAACUUUAUCGUACAAGGAACAUAUGAUUCUUUGCCGAUUUGCAGAUCAGACAGCUGUCCAGCUUCCACCCCAACGAAGGCUCAUCGGAAAACAGUGCAUGUGCCUGGUGGAUCUGGACCGAGCAAGAGCUGCAGAAGAACGUGGUUACUCUGUUCAAGUGAUAUCCAUGGAGCCAGAGAGCUGCUCUCCCAAAAACAACAUGAUCGUGGGAGUCCCCACUUAGAAUGAGAUGUUUACAUUUGAUGUUUUGCCAUUGGCUCCAUGAUGAAAGCCCAGUGGCAUUCAGGAGGUUCUUGGCAUAAGUAGGAAACAGCAUUAGCCAUCCUGAGCCUAUUGUGCUCAGGAAGGAAAGCAACAGGAAAAUCUUGGAAGAAAGGCUGCCUGCAAAGCAUCACAAAUACCCUUACAAAGUGCCAUCAAGGGCUGCUGGUUUUCAUAGUGAGAAUCCCCUGAUGUCUCAGUUGCCAAAAGAAUAAUACUUACCAGUGAAGGUUUCAUUACUGGAAUAACAAUUUCCUUUUUAUUUCACAAGCUUUUCUGAUCUUGCCAAUGUGAUAUUCAGUUCAAAACAAUGUACUUGCAGCCUUUAUUUUAUAAUCUUAGAUAUUUACACGUAGAAACUGAGAUUAAACUUUGUGGGGGAUUUUGUGUUUUUUUUUAUAUUUUUAACAAUGGUACUUUUUCUAUAAUUUUGUAAAAAUCUAGAAAGGUAAUUAUAGUAUGGGUAUUUUUAAUCUGGGGUUAGUUGAACUUGUAUACAUUUAGGAUAAUCCUUUUAAAUAAUUUCCCAUAAAUUACCAAAUGAGAUCAUUACUGGUUCAAACAUUUUAUGUGAAAAGAUUAUAAAGUAAUUGAAGUAAAUUUUACCUUGUGGGAACAUGGAAUUUGGAGAUAAAUUCUAAUUAAUUAGCAAAUACAUUGAUUACUUAAUUCAAGUCUACACAUAAUAAUUUGGGAUCCAUUAUGUUCAAGACCAUGGCCUAGAUAUCUUUUUCUGAAGAUAUGAAGAUGAAUUGCAAGAAAUACAGUGUUUUGCCUAUGCAAGUAGAUCAAUUAGAAGAGAAAGAUUGAAGAAUUAGUUAAGUGCUUUAUGUCAGACCAUAAUGUAUGGUCUUAUUGUUUUGUUUAUUUUUUCAUAAAAAUUAUUGAGCAUAAAUUGGGAAUGCAAAGUAUGGAAGCUUAUUCAAAUAGUUCUGUCUUCCUAAAUUCUUUUUCUGCCAGCCAACAUUUUUAAAGACAGAUAGUAAUCUCUCAUAUGCUGCUACUUAUUUAACUUUACAUGUCCUACAUUAUUCAGUUUAAGAUUUAUUUUAUUGUUUUUAACUCCUGUAUGACAUAUAUCAUAAGAGUAAAGAACUUAAUUGUUCAUCACUAAAAUAAAAAUAGGAAUAAUUUACACAGUAAUAUGGAUGGGGAAAGGGAGUUUUAUAGUCUUAUUUCCUAGCAUAAAUUUUAAGAAAAGCUCUAUUGGCCCUGAGUAUUUUAGUCAUUUGUGCCUGUAGCUACAUUGUGCUCUUUUACCCUGGACUUUCUUUUUUAAAAUCAAGAUAUAAUUUACAUACAGUAUACUAACAGGUUUUUAAGUGUUCCAUUUGAAAAGUUUUAACAACUGUAUGUAACCACACAACCACCACCAAAAUAAGAUGUAGAAUAUUUCCAUCAGAUAUUGCCAAAAGUAUGUAUUGAGAAUAUUUUUCUAGUCUAUGGAUUACCUACUCAUUUUCACAACUAAAGUUAUAAUUUUGAUGAAACUUAAUUUAUCUUUUUUCUUUUAUGAUACACACUUUUUUGUAUACUCUCUAAUAAACCUUUAUCUACCUUUAAGUUAUAUUUUUCCUAUUGUCGGAACUUUAUGAUCCUAGCUUUUUAUAUUAAGAUCUGUGAUCUAUCUCAAAUCAUUUUUCACAUAAAGAAAUAGGUAUAUUUUGAGGAAUAGUUGUUUUAGUACCAUUUUUUAAAAAAUUCUUUCCUCUCCCUCAUUGAAUUGACUUGGUACCUCAGUUGAAAACCUACAUGUAUAUAUAUAUGUAUAUAUAUGCACAUGUAUAUACAUAUGUGUGUGUGUAUAUAUAUGUAUGGUUUCUUAAUUCUUUUGUUUGUCCCAUUAAUUCACCUUGGUUGCAAAAACUUUAUAGUAUGACAGAAAAGCAGGUAGUUUGUCUUCCAACUUAUUUUUCAUUCUCUAGAUUGUAUUAGCUGUUCUAGAUCCAUUGUAUUUCUAUAUAAACCUUAAAAUUAGCUUAUCAAUUUAUUUUUAUAAUUUUUACAAAAAUAAAAAACUAAAAAAGCUUGCUGGAAUUUUUGGUAUUUUCUCUUUAGCUCAAUUUGGGGAAAUUCAACAUCUGAACAAUUGUUGGAUCUUAUAACCAUGAGUAUAUCUUUCAAUAUAUUUAGGUCUCUUAAUUAUUCUCAGCAAUAUUUUGUAAUUUUAAGUGUAGAAGAUUUUUUUAAAUUCAUUAUUCGAUGGCCUUUAUGCUACUAAAUCUGAGCUUUUUUAUAUGCUAUUCCCACUACUCAAGUCUCCUUUUACCCCUUCCACUAGUUUAAAGUCAUUCAUCUGCUCUGAUAUUUGACUUCUUGAGGGAAACCUUUCAUAACCUCCCUGGACCAAGGAACAUGCAGUAGAAUGUCUACCAUCCAGAGCAGUCUUCUCCCCACCCUCACCACCACUCCCCAAAGAAAAACCUAUGUGGUAAUCAUGGAAAAUAAAACAAAAAAUGUGGGAACACUGCUGCUUUCCCACCUUGCGCUAGGUAUGGUAUUCUCCAGCUUUGAGUGCUGCGGCUAGUAAUAGAUACAGGUGUAGUGAUUGCGCUUGGAUCAUGAUUUCUGUAUGUAAGCCUUUGCCAAGGCUCCUUCCCAGCCAGGGCAAAUAAAAGGGAUUGAAUGCAGGCAACAGGAAGACUUGCAAGUGACCUGAUCUCACCCCCAUUCUUGUCCAUGAAAAGCAAGACUGCUGCUGUCUGAUAUGUUUCUCCCAAGGUUGUAAUAACAUGAGAAACUAGAGCUCGUCUUUCUUUGACUUUUGAGUCUGACUCAGAGAAACAGGGAUAUAAUUAUUAAUGGUUAAUACGUUAUCUUAUUUAGGUAUUAAAAGUACAGUCUUAAUUCAUUCAUAAUAGAAAUCAAAACAUUUGCAGGGCAUGCAUGCAAAAUUUUACAUAAAUAACAGUAA